AUGCCGUCAGACAAAGCUGCCUACCUAGCAGCGCACUACCUCAGCGCCGACACAAAAUCGUCGUCGUCGUCCACCAAGAAGCGAAAGCGCAAGCAGCAACGCGCCACCGACGGCCUGCUCAUCACCGAGGACGACGAAACCGGCUGGGGCUCCGCCCGCCAGACAGACACCGCCGACGACGAUGACGUGCCGAUGACAGUAGCCGGCACAACCGCCGACUUCCGCCGCGCCAAAAAGUCCAGCUGGAAAACCGUCGGCGACGCCCCCCGCACCAGCACCACCACCACUACCGCCAGCAAAGAAGACGCCGCAGCCGCCGCGGCCGCCGACGCCAUCAUCGCCUCCGCAGCCGCCGACUCCGCCGCAGCAGCCGCCGCCGCAGACGACGAACCCACCACAACCAUCGAACCCUCACAACCGAUGAUGUCCAACGGCACACUAGCAGGCCUGCAAUCCGCCUCCGCCAUAACCGCGCAGCUCCGCCAGCGCCGCGCCCUCGAAGAAGCCGAGCUGGCGGCGCUCAAAUCCACCCUCCCACCCACCACCACCAACCCCACCACCACCGACGACGACCCCGCAGGGGGCGUGAUCCUCCGCGACGCGACAGGCCGACGAAUCGACGCGUCGCUGCGGCGCGCCGAGGCCCGGCGGGCCGCGGCCGAGGCGGAGCGGGCGGCGCGCGCGAAGCAGGAGCUGCUGCGCGGCGAGGUGCAGGCGGCGGAGGCGGCGGCGCGGCGGGCGGCGCUGGAGCAGGCGGCCGUGAUGCCGCUUGCGCGCGGCAAGGACGACGCCGAGAUGAACGAGGCGCUGCGGCGGGAGGCGCGGUGGGCGGAUCCGAUGGCCGAGUUUCUGGGCAGCAGCGGCGGUGGUGGCGGUGGUGGUGGUGGUGGGGGGGAGAGGCCGGUGUACACGGGCCCGGCGCCCCCCAAUCGGUACGGGAUACGGCCUGGGUAUCGGUGGGACGGGGUCGAUCGCGGGAACGGAUUCGAGGCGGAGCGGUUUAGGGCGCUGAAUAGGAGGGAGAUGAAGAAGGGGUUGGAGUAUGCUUGGCAGAUGGAUGAGUAG